UAUAUAGAAAUGUCAAAACAGUUAAUGGAAAAUUUACAGAUGAUGGCUUCAUUGUGUCGUUUGUACCUGAUGAUGAUUCAGAUAUUUCUGAUGCAUUUGAGUCUGACAUUGAUGAAAACUGGUCUUCUCCAAAAGCUCAAAAUAAGGUUGAUGUGAGACAGCCACCAAAAGUACAAACGAAAGUUGAUGUGACACAUCAGCCACUAGCAAAGAAGAAAGAAACUAAGAUGACAGAUGAUGGUUUCAAGAUCAUAACAGAGAUUCCACCGGACGACAGCGAUGUUAGUGAUGCGUUCACAGAUGAAGAAGAUGAAGGUUUUGUUACAGGAGAAGAAUUAGCAGCGAAGAAGAAACAGUUAGACUUAAAAAGACAGCUGAAGAAACCCCUCCUGAAAAUUAUUGAUGAUUUUGGUAUUGAUGAUACUGCCUUGCUUGGAAGAACAAAGGAAAAAGAGGAAGUUAUUAAUAAACCAGCCAAAAAAUUAAAGGGAUCCUAUAACACACUGACUUUAGCUGCCCAGAAGAAACCGAGGGAGGAAGUUGUUGUAAUAGAUUACACCAAAAAACGAGGAUCUGGAAAGAAGAAAAAAGACCAAGAGGAGGAGAGUGAGGAGAAUGCAGAAGAAUCCCCAGGGCUGGUGAUAACAGGAGAGGAGGAUAUGAAGAAAUUAAGGUUUGAAGUUAUGAAGUUUGGCAUGACUGGGUUCCAGAAGAAGAAACAAGAGGACGAGAGAAUUAAUCUGGCAAUAAGACUGGGAGCAAAACCACCCAAGAAUGAGGCUAUCAACUAUAAGCAGUUGAUAGAAAUAAGGAAAGAAGAGAAACGGAGAGAGUUGGAGGAACAGCAGGCUAAACAGGAAGCAGGACUUCAGUUUAAGAAGUCCUCAAAGAAGAAGCAGUUUUCAAAGAAUAAACCACGAAACGUUAAUAAGGUGAAAGGGAUUGGAGGACAAAUUGGCCGUGAAAAGAAUGGAAUGCGAAUACUCUCGAAGAAAGAUAUUGAAAGAAUUAAUGCUUCCUAGACCACAUAGUCAUUUAUUUUCAACAUUAGAUAUAUAUAUAUAUAUAUAUG